AUCAGUCCAUGCGAUGUUCUGAGCUGCUCAACAGUGAUUAUUCUGAUGUCCUCUAGUAUUAUCAUGUUGGUUGUGUGGGUAUCGAUUUUUACUUCUUUAUUGAUCAGCAUGUUGGUUCUACUGCUUGUUGUUGGUGCUAUACUAAUACCAAUCACUGUUCUACUAUUCCUUGGUAUGAGACAAUGGAUUAAACAAAGAUCCAUGCAACUGAUUCCUCAUUUGAAGACUCCAAACCCAGAUGGUUCCAUUCCUCAAAUUGUGGGAUUCUUCCAUCCAUACUGUAAUGCGGGGGGCGGUGGUGAGAGAGUACUUUGGUGUGCGAUUAAUGCUUUACAAAGCAAAUAUAAAAAUAUAAAAUGUGUUGUUUACACUGGCGAUGAGGAUGCAACAGGUCCAGAGAUAAUCCAGAAAGCGAGACAGCGAUUUAAUAUAGUUGUCAAAAAACCUGUUGAGUUUAUCUUCCUAAAGCGACGCAAUUGGGUAGAAGCUACAACAUGGCCUUAUUUCACACUGCUUGGCCAGAGUUUAGGUUCACUGAUGCUGGGAUGGGAAGGAUUGAUGCAAUGUGUACCCGAUAUUUACAUUGAUUCCAUGGGUUAUGCGUUCACUCUACCGAUGUUCAAGUAUUUGGGUGGAUGUAAAGUUGGUUGCUACGUUCACUAUCCAACAAUUAGUACUGACAUGCUUUCGCGUGUCCGAGAACGCAGACAGACAUACAAUAACCAAGACGUUGUUUCGCAAAGUUCAGUACUGACGAGCUUGAAAGUUUUGUACUAUCGUAUAUUCGCGUACGUGUAUGGUGUGGUUGGUGCAAGGUCUGACAUAGUGAUGGUCAAUUCUACCUGGACACACGGACACAUUCAGGACUUGUGGGGUGUUAAAGAGAAAACAUCGAUAGUGUAUCCGCCAUGCGAUACUGAAGAUUUUCUAAGACUACCCCUCGAAGAUGACAGCACAAAACUUAAUCACACAAUUGUGUCCGUUGCUCAGUUUCGACCUGAAAAAGAUCAUAGAUUACAGCUGCUUUCGUUUCAAAGACUACUUCGGUCGACAUCGGAAACACAGCGGGAUAGACUCACGCUGAUAUUGGUGGGUAGCUGCCGAAAUCAGGGAGAUGCAGCUAGGGUAGAUGAAUUAAGACAACUAUGCGAGGACUUGAAAAUCAGAUCUAAUGUUGAAUUUAAAUUAAACGUUUCAUUUGAUGAGUUGAAAAAAUACCUUGGAGAGGCUACCAUUGGUCUCCACACUAUGUGGAAUGAACAUUUCGGUAUUGGUGUGGUUGAGUGCAUGGCGGCUGGUACGGUUAUCCUUGCACACAAAUCGGGUGGUCCCAAGAUGGAUAUUGUCAUAAACUACAAUGACAAACCUACUGGUUUCCUUGCGAAUGAUGAAGAGUCUUAUGCCAAUGCCAUGGAAACCAUUCUAAAGAUGCCAGCCCAGCAAAGAAUGGAGAUGAGGAAGAAUGCCCGCAAAUCUGUGGUUAGGUUUUCAGAACAGGAAUUCAAUGAUAAUUUCCUCAAUUCAGUGCAGUCUCUCUUUAAUUAA